UCGUGUGAACCUGAUCUUGACUGAUGGUGCUGGCACCAGAAUUGCUGUCAUGGGAAAGACCAAAAAAAGCUGCGUAACCCCCUGAGACAUCACAGAAAUGCCUAAAUUUGUCCGAUGGAAGGGUUAACAAAACCAAAGUCUAAGAAGACACUGCUGAACAUAUUCAAAGUCACCCUGACGCUUGCUUGUCCUUGUCAAGCAGAAGUUGCCAAGUUCAACCAUGCGGCACCUGUCGCGAUAAUACAAACAAAGUGUCAGUUGUGCCCCAUGGAGGUAGAAUACUGGUGCGAAAGUGCGGGUUCCAUCGUUUUCCCAAAGUGCGUUUGCAUAGUCAGCGAGCUGGCCGCCUAUCUUAUCCGAAGGCCCAUUAGGAGCCAGAUCCAUCUUGGCCUCGAGCACAAAGUCGACUGUAGUUAUGCCACGCUUAAUGACAGCCCUGUGAUAAAACGCGAGGUUGGCUUGUGUGCAGAGCCCACUAUAUCUGCUUCUUGGCGGUCCUCAAUAACAAGCAUCAAGCCUGGGGCCUUGGCACUGUCAUCCGAAAUAUUUUUAUUGAGGGCAUCAACCUUCUCGCUCAUCACUGUAAGGGACUGGUCCACAAACUUGACAUACCGAAACUCCUCCUUUACAUUCAGAGAUGUUGGUGGGACUGUUCUGAAAACGUCAGACUCAUCAGGUGUGCACUCAGUAUUGGUGACAAGCUUUUUAUUCUGAAGCACUGGCGACGCCUUGGCCAAGUCGAGGAAGAGAGAGGGGAAAUACUUGAUAAACCGAUUGUACUGCUCCUCUACACCUAGCAACUCAAUGAAGGCUUCGAAGUCAAGAGGCCACUCUUUUCCUUUAAUGGUGGAAUA